GGUUGUUCUGCGGCUGUUUUGUUUGUUUGCUGAGAAACCCGAGGAAAAUAUAAAGAAAGUAAUUGGCGAAGUAUAUAAGAGUUGGGAAGUUCAAGGCUUUCUUUUCUUGUGUUGUUUCCAUCUCCACUGGACUCGUAUAUGUAGAUAUUAAUGUUUUACUCAGCUCACAGCUACUACAAAUCCUAGUAUAUAGACAUAUUUUCUUCUGUUUUCCUGCCUUUUCUUGGAAACCAAACGGAUUACACAGUCCAUUCUGCAGUCCACUAUCGAGUAUAACCUUACAUACAUACAUGCAUACAUAUUUUUUAAAGAACGCUCCGUGGCUAUCAGUGCCUCAGUUUGGGGACUGGGACCAUAAAGGGCAGGUGCCAGACUACUCUCUGGAUUUCUCAAAAAUCAGGGAAAUGAGGAAGCUAAGCAAGAUGGAUGUAUCUAGAGUAAGUCUUGGAAACGACGAAGAGCUGAUUGGCCCGACCACCACCACCACCACCACCACCAACACCAAUACCAAUGCAAGCAGCACCCAGAGCGACAACCAUCGCCAGCACCUCCAGCACGACUACCCUGAGAGCCAGCAUUCUCCAACUACAAGGAGGAGUUUUCUCAGCUGCUUCAACUGUUACGGGAAAGCCUGACUAUACUCGAGACGACAUAUUAUACUUCUUUCAAUUUAAUGAUCGUCAAAGUUGGAAGCUACUUAGUUCCUUUUGCUUAUAUAAUUUGGCUUCUUUUCAUCA